AUGGCACCAGUGUUACCAUCUCGCCUGCAGCUGCUUCUAGUCGCCCGCCGCAAGGAACAACAUGGAAGCAUGGAAGCAUGGGGCCAGGCCGCCCUGUGCUUCGGUCACUUCCGUUCGGUCGUCGCACUCGCAAAGCACUGUCAAGCAUUGGCCUUCGAGAUGCGGCCCUACCCUCAGAUUGACGAAGGAAGCAACAGUAUCCUAUCCCGCGCUUUCGACGCGAUCAGGGUUCACCGGCAAAAGUCAUACUGA